CCAGCCAAGAGUUCAGCGGGGUACUGAUCCCUGGCUUGGAUCCUGCUGCUGCGGGUGUGCCUUCUGGCGUUUGUUCUCGACCCUCUCACAGCUCCACUGCUGGAUGGAACAAUGCGCUCGAUGUGUCAGAACGAAAAAAGAAUUGAGAUUAGCAAGAUCACCACAUUGCUCAACAGUGAGCGUUCUGAAGACAAUUGUAGAAGGACAGCUCUUGCAGCCACAGACAACACCACAGCAAACAUAGAGACCCUUAUCACUCAUUUUACUGAGUGCCCAUGUUUGUGUGUCUCAAUGCGUAAGCGUGCCGCAGUAGCCUGCACAACAAGCCCAAUAGCAGAGAUGAGACCUGCGCUACACGGAACGUGUAUAAGCAGCGGUCUAAAUCGAGCCCGAAAAGACCCACUUUCUCCAGCUUUCUGGAUUCUGUUGGUUUUGUUUCUCAAUGAUCUUGGUCUGCCAUCUUCCGUUAUCAAUUAGCCUGGUUCUCCUUCUGCUUUUCGCCAAUCCGCACUCGCCUUUUCCAGUUGCCUCCUCGUCCUUUUCUUCGUCUUUCCCAACAAUAUAAAUAGACCCAAAUCCGCUGUUUAUUUCUUCUCUAUCAACUCAAUCGGCUGCAUCC